AUGAAUAAAUUUGACGAGUUUAUAGAGUCCAAUGAGAAGGAUUUGGAUGUGGAUACCAGUACCCGAAAUAGUAUAAUAUCGAUGUCGCCUGUGGGGAAGACUCGAUCAAAGUUUCGUUCUUCUAGUUCCAAUGGAUAUAGGCCAGAGCAUCAGCGUACGUCCAGUGCGGGGAGCAUGCAUUCGCAAAGGCUGAUGACUCCUACCAGAUUAAAUGAACAGGACCAUCCCUUACAGGCCAAGUCAGAUGCUCGAAGGGUGGUAACUCGUCAUUCUUCUGUCUCCGUUCCAAACGCAAUGAGUAAGAGGAGAUCGCUCAUUCAACCUAUGGUUGUUCCCACUACGCCAGAAUCUCAAAACAACAUACCUUUUGGAGGCUCAGUAAGUCAUUCUGAGGGAUCCCAUGGAAUUCCGUUAGAAUCCACUACAGUACUUUCUAGUGAGCAAGCGAUGACCGGCGGGCUUCGACGGUCGAGAAAUGGGAGUUCACAAUCGGUCAAUAGUAUAGCAGCGACCGCCAUACCCACAAAUGGGGUUGAUGUAAGCGCCCUUCUACAAUCUCUUGCUACAAAAGAAUUAGAACUACUGGAAUGCAAACAAAAGAUUGAAGAUUUGAAAAAGCAAACCCAGCAUGAAGAGCAAAACUAUGCCCGUCGGGCACGUGAACUGCACGAGCUGAAGGAGCAAGUGAGUAAACACCUGGAUCCUUCUCUGAACACACCAGUGAAAAGUCGUGCUUUUUCACCAGUUUACCAGAGUAUACCUAUGGAAUCACGAACUGAAAAUGCUGGUAACAGUAACUUUUCUAGUUCUGUAAGGACACGAAAAAACGUGGAUCACCCAAGUACGAAUCAGCCAAGAUCCGUGUCUCCACAAGAUAUUCAAGAGACACGCCAAAGAGACAACUCAUCAAAUUCAUCCAAGCAGUCACUUUGGAGCAAACCGUUAGCUUUGUUUAAUCAAUUCGAUAAAAUAAUUCAGCAUGAAAUCGAAAGAACUCUGAACUGGGAUGACUCUCUUCCAGGUACACCUGAGGCACAGGAAGCGACAUCGACCAGUAAUGGCGAGUAUUCAGCACAGCAUCACGAUAGUGAAACUCCUGGAGCUCACCAAAACUCUCCCUCUCAAGGAUCUGUCUCUAGAUCACUUUGGAGCUUUGUCAGCGAUGUCAAGGCCGGAUUGCUCGGUAUAGAAGAAGAAAAUGAUAGUGAUGUUACCAAUGAUAACAGAUGUGAACCUGUAUAUAGAAGCGAUAGGGAGCAUGAACAGAAAAAAAAUGCACCUAAAAUUACGAAUCGGGGACAAGCGGAAGAUAGUGGCGACGAUUCUAGUCUAGACAUGAAGAAAUUUAAAACGACAACUAAAUUGCAAAAAGCCAACGCUGAUGAUAAUAAUCUCACAAAUGAAGGUGGACAUCGAAGACGAGAAAGUAAAAAUAAGAGGGGUAGCAACAAACUAAAUUUUAUUGGUGAUUACAACACUUGUAAACCUAAUAAUGAUAUUUCCUCCGUCAAAAAUUCAGUUGAAAUGACAAACUUCUAA